AGUGUGCGCGCACACACACACACACACACACACACACACACCUACCUCCUCACGUGCAGCUGUCAGUUUGUUUCCUUCGCUCGUUUAACAAGUUCUUUUUGGUUUCAGCUGGUGGUGACUUGAGUUUUGUUGCACUUACUUUGGUGAUUCGUCAUCUUCAAAUUCUGGCCACAGCAUUAUUAGGAGGGAGUUUGCUGUCGUCACCAUGGAGAAGUCGGAGCGUCGCGUCCAUGGGUCCAAGAAUCCGUUCUUUCACGAGGUGACGAUGAGCAGCUUCCAGAGGAUCCAGGGUCUGAUCCUAGGAAGCUUCUUGUUCCCGGUUCGGGUGGUCCUGGUGAGCUUGUUCUUCCUCCUCAUGUGGCCUCUGGCCCGCCUACGAGUGGCCGGCUUGUCGGCGGAAGAUCGCGCCCGACCCGUGGUGGGCUGGCGCCGCUGGCUUUUCCACCCUGGCGUCUGGUUCCUGAGCCGGGCCGUCUUCUUCUCCCUGGGCUUUGUGUGGGUCCGGGUUAAAGGUCGCCGGGCUGACCUGAAGGAGGCCCCCGUGCUAGUAGUAGCGCCCCACAGCACCUUUCUGGACAUGCUGGUUUUGUGCUCCACCUACCUACCCACCGUGGUGUCUCGCUCAGAGAACACCAGCCUGCCCGUCAUCGGAGCUCUCCUGGAGUUCAACCAGUCUGUGCUGGUGAGCAGGAACGACCCGGAUUCCAGGAAAAAGGCUGUUGCCCAACUCACAGAGAGAAUCACUUCCAACGGCUUCUGGCCUCAGAUGCUGAUGUUUCCCGAAGGGACCACUACGAAUGGCAGCGCUCUGAUCAAGUUCAAGCCGGGUGCUUUUCUAUGCGGAGUCCCGGUCCAACCGGUUCUGUUGCGCUACCCCAACAAGUUGGAUACCGUCCGCUGGACGUACAAAGGCACAACAUGGAUUGAGGCGCUCUGGCACACUGCUUCUCAACUCUAUACCAACAUAACUAUAGAGUUCCUGCCUGUCUACAAUCCCUCACCGGAGGAGCGGAGCAACCCUAAUCUGUAUGCUGACAACGUGCAGAAGCUCAUGGCUAAAGCCCUGGGUGUCCCAGCUACAGACUACAUAAUGGAAGGUGGCGUGCCCGCCCAAAAAGUGGGCCAUCUCUCUCUCCCGGUGCCAUCACCUGGCAGGGAAGCGCUGACUCUGCUGCACAAAGCCGGUCUUCGAACAAGUGAAAUAGAAGCCGCGUUGGAGAGAAUGAUCGACAGGUGUCGGUCGGGAUCCUCGCUGGUCGGAACCGAAGAUCUCGCCGGCCUUCUGGGGCUUGCUGACCGACAGACAGCGGCGAGCAUCUGCGGCCUCUACCCCGAGGAAAAAGUCGUGGACCUGAGACAGAUCUAUCUGAAUAUGGCCGCUCUAUCUGGACUCGUUGACAUCAAGUCUCUCCUGUGCACGUCCUUCAAUUUAUUUGAUGAGGAGGGGACGGGAAGUCUGAGUGCUGAGGAGCUUUCUGGCCUGAUGGGGGCGCUGCUUGGCUUACGUCAGAAUCACACUGCAGAGCUGUACUUGGAGGUCUCCACUGGUGGCCGGUUAAGUCAAGAUGACCUUGUGCGAAUGUUGACAAGCCACCCGAUCUACCAGAAAGUGAUGAGUGAGCACCUACAGCCCAACCAGGCUGCACGCCAUUUGCCGGUCAAUAACAAUGGAAACAUGCUCAAUGGGUACAAAAAAGUAAUGUAAAGCUUCAUGUUCGGUUUUUAAAUCACUCAAUUGCAGACUUUGUUUUAUGCUAACGCAAAGAGACACUUUAAGGCAUAAUCAUUCUAACUAAACAUGGUUGCAUUUUUGUGUACUCACCUUUACCAUAAAUGUUAAUGUUUUAUCUGAGAAUAUUUUUAUACAGGCAACUUGUGCAAAAAAUGUUAUUGUAAAUGUAUUUUUAUAAGAAAAGCUUCAUUUAUAGAGACAUGUCAUUUAUUUUCUUUGCCCACAUGUUCACCUGUUCGUUUUCUUUAGUUGUUUUUUUAUCAAUCUGGUUUUUUUUCUAGUUUUGGGAGGAAUAAAAGGGACUUUGAAUCGAAAUAAACAUUUUUAC